GCGUACGGUUCAUCUUCUUUUCUCCAAGGGUCGUCGUUCUCGUCCCCGCCCACUGUCCUUUGUCUUUCAUUUCUGCGCGAGCCUUUGCUUGCUGUCGAUGGCUUCGCGCGUACCGUCCUUGCAGGCACCCGCUGUCGCUGCCUCGCCCCAGCCCAGCGAAAAGUUCCUGCGCCAGCGCCAGUCCGACCAGUCGCUGCGCGAGCAGGACGGCAAGAAGGCGUCGCUGUCGCACAAGCCGACCAACGUCAGCGCGCGUUCGACCGCGACCGCUCGCAGCCUCACCAAGGCCGCUGCCGCUGCCGGUGCCGCGGAUCCCAAAAAGGCACCUUCCGCGUCCCCAUCCGCCAACGCGCCCCCUGUACUCAACGUCGUCUCCUCCAACGGCAACACGCUCUUUAAUUCGUCCAGGUUAGUUGAGAAUAUCAAAAGCGACACCGAGCACGAGGAGGCCCUCGUCGCCGACGAGCUUCGCGACUACAUCAACAUCUCCGCUCCUUCCAACUUCACCCGCCCCAGCCCAGACAAGGCCUCGCGUAUACUUGGCAUUCAGCAUCGCAGGAGCAUGGAGCCCAUUCCCGCGUCGACGCGCACUUCAAUCGUCUCCACGCGGUCCGCCAGAGACCCCCCUCCCACCCCCACCCACGUGCCUACUCUCCCCCUCACAUCUCUCUAUGUUGUCUCCGGUCUACCAAAGUCUCCCCAUACCUGGACCUUAUCAGACCCCGACUCCGUCCUGGGCUUGCACCACAGUGAGGGCGCUGUGAACAGGUGGUGGAGGCCUGAGGUCCUGGGCAGCACCGUCACCCCCGGUGCUGGCGGGUCCGCUCCUGUCCCUGGUUCCAGGAAGAAGAGAAAGGGCAAGGAUGCGGAUGGGGUAAAGGGGGCGGGUGCCCUUGGCAAGCAGGAAGUGGGCAAGAUGCUUUCCAAGGCCCUAAAGCUCUCUUUUACCCGGGAGGUCGAAAUUAUAGCAUCUACGUUACAGCCAGCCUCUACUAUUCAUACAUUCACAUUUACUUUACCUGCCCCCUCUACUCCCCUUGCGCCGACUCCGUCCGGCGGACUCCUUCGUUCUUCCGUCUUCAGCUCCAUGACGGAUCCUCGCGCCUCGAACACCGCUCUUUCUUCGUUAUACCCAUAUCAUGCCGAUGACCCCUUUGCGAAUGCCCGGCCUUCGUCGGCAUUCCUAGGACCGCCUUCUAUUAUACCCCCUCCCCACCACGGCGGCGCUGCUGCGUCGGCUGCGGACGACGCAACUGGCACUGGCGCGACCGUCACAUAUCAUGGCGUGUGUCUGACCGUAUGGUCUCACGCGGACGCCGAGCGUACCGCUGCCAUCCGCCGCACUCUCGAAUCAGGCAACGCCAAUUCGAGCAGAUCGCGCAAAGAGUCCGCCCAGUCGCUCGUCGCAGCGCGCCUGAAGUCACUUCGCGCAGACCUCGGCGCCGACCCCACCAUGCAGGCGCGCCGCCGCGCCAAGCGCAGCGCACGGAGCCCGUGGGCGGGCGCGAAUACGGACGGCGAGACCGACAUCGACGGGGACAUGACCGAAGGCGAGGGCGCGAUGAGCGAGAGCGACUUCGAGGUCGCGAGCACCGUGAACGGACACGCCGGCCACGGGCCCGGGGAAAGCACCCUGUUCCUCCCCGGCGACACCGUCUUCUGGCUGCCGUACGCGCUCACUUUGGUGUCGCGGCACCCGAUAUACGACCUCAUGCGGGACUACCUCACGCUCUCGUGGGCGCGGUUCUCCAAGGACGUGCAGUCGCAUACUUUGCAGAUCCACAAGAUCUUGUCGCACCCGGCGCCGAGGCCGGGUGACCUUGUGCGGCUCGACGCCAGCGCGAACUCCAAGAACGACGGCGGUGAGGCUAAUUUGGAGGUCAUCGCCAGGUUCCCCGGUGGCUUGGACUUUGGCAAGGGUCUGGUGGACAUCAAUUUCACCAUGUGGCCGCUGUUCAAGGCUUUGAAUGUGGAUAAUAUCUUGACUAUAUGCGAGAUUGCCCUCGCGCCCACCGGCCGCGUUCUAUUCGUCUCCCGCCAUCCAGCAAUGCUCGGCAUUGCUGUCUCUACCAUCAAAUACCUUGUUGAGCUCCGCGGCUGGAAUGGUAUUGCUCUGCCUGCAGUUCAUUCUCGUGAUGCCAAGAUUUACAUUGAUGAUCCCGGACCAUGGAUCAUUGGUCUUUCCACCGAGGCUCGGUAUAGCGUCCGACCGGCUCCCGACGUUUGUAUUUGUGAUAUAGACAUCAACUACCUGUCCUGCGCAUCCCCUCCUCCGGGCGUAGUUUCCAUGAAGCAGCAGCGUGACAAAUACCGCCAGAAGCUACUUGCCGCCUUUGAACCCCAUUACAUCCCCGACCAUUGCGUCCCCAGCGAGUUCAAAGAGGCCUUCCCCGCCGGCCGCUUCCGCCCUGUAUGCAAGAUCCAGGCCAAGAGGGGCGCUGCUUCCACUGCUGUCGCAGAUACCAUUAAACCUCCUGAAUGGUGGCAUUCGACCAGAAUUAUCCAGGCGUUCGACAGCGUCUUGCAGGACAAGUUCAAGAAGCCGUCCUUGCUGAAACGGAUCAGUUCCUUCGGUUCAGUGAAGCGCCCGCCUAGGUUGUCCACCGCCGAGCUCCAUAUUCAGCUGUCAAUUCGCAAACGUGCCAUGGCCUUCGUCGAUGCCCGUGAUGAUCUGGAGACCAAGAUUGGUCGCUUGUCUCGCAGGCUUAAUUUCUUGAUGACGGAGUCCGAUUUGUGGCGAGACAAGUUCGUGACCUUUGAGCAAUAUGCGGAGAAGCUGAGCGUCGAGGCCAACGACCUGCGCGGAAAGAUCAACAAAGAGCAGAAGGAAACCAAGAGGUUGUCUGGCAUCAUUCACAUGACAGCCGCCGAGAAAGCCAAACUGCAGAACCAGCUGAAAGAAACGGAAGCUGCACAUCAGGAGGCUGUCAGUGAGCUCCAGAAGAUGAAAGAGGCAAUGGAGAAGAUGGAGCAAGAGCGUGCUGCCAUGGUUGCCGAGGUCGAAGCCCAAAUUGAGAAGGCUUUGGCGUCCAUGGCUGCGGGGAUGUACGACGACGACUCGGAUUAUGAUGGGUCCAGGCCCGGCAGUCGCAUGUCGUCUACGUCUGCUUCUGGGCGUCGCUCGAGGCAGGCUGGGGAUGGCUCCAGGACGAGGCAUAUCCGUUCUUUCGGCACGGAAUCCACGUUGGCGGACUUGUCCGAUGGGGACGAUACGUUCGUGAAGUCUGACAGGAAGACAGGGACCAUACAGGAAGACGAGGAAGAAGCUCCCCUCUCGCCCACCAAGAAGAAGAGGUUCUCUGCCACGCUCACAGACCUGCCUCAGGAUGGCAUGACAGCCGUUGACGAGGGAAUCAGUGAGAGGAGUGAUAAGAUAGCCCAGAAGGUACUACAGAUACAGCAGAAGCUGGAGACAGCCUUAGCUGCCGAGUCACGCACGCGAAGGCGAAAGGAGAGAUCUGCAAGUCAAGAUAGCGCAAGCGAUUCGUCGCAUUCGACAGAAGCGGUACCUGCUCGCCCGCAUCGGUCCGCCCGCGCGACUCCGAAACCUGCCAGAAACAAUCGUAUGAGGAGCGGGACCACAUCCUCCACGCAGACCGAUCGUGGUACGACCGCUCCUGACGAUAAGGUCUCAACUGCGACCUUACAGCCGCCAGCGAAAGGCUCGGACCCGGUCGCUGCUGUGAAGUCUAUGGAGGAACAGAGUGCACCUAUCGCUGCCCCUUCCAAGCCCAGCGAACUGCCUAAGCUCAGGAAGAUAUCUUCGGGCGUGUCUCUGAGUGCCAUGAGACCUGCUUCCCCUUCUGCUUUGACACCGUCAACUCCCGCCUUGACCCCUGGUGUUGGAACUACUGACGAUUCGGACACGGACUUCCAGAGCGCUUACUCUGCCAGUCCCCGCGGCAGUUAUGCCGGCCCCAACGGAGAACAAGUUAGCGAAGAAGAAGAGUCAGAACCCACUGAAAACGAUCACGCUGAUGAUUUUGGUGUUGGACCCUUAUCCGAUCUGCCAAAAGCCAAAGGCAAGUUCAGGUCAAGGCGACGGGUAUCGAGUUCUGCGACGGCCAGAAUUCCGGCGGACCAACCCAGCCCGACCUUGACGGAAGACACGAUUGUGUCACCUCGGCGUAUCUCUGCGGUAGCUGUGGAGGUCGGCGGUCACCGCUAA